AUGACCAAGUUUCACUGCUAUGUGUUCGCAAAGAUACUGCACAACGAUACGAAGAGCGACGCAGCAGAGAUAAGCUACCAGGCUGAUAGAAACGCAUUGAGCUUGCAACACCACCGUGCCAUCUCGCUGCUUUUCGUCUACACACGAGACGAUGGUUCCCGAUGCAUGGUCAUGGAAUACGGAGGAGAACGUAAUCUGCAGCAGAUCAUCAAUGCCCACGUGACCAUUAGCUGCGAGCGAAGGCUAAUGUUCGCUAGGCAAGUUGCAUCGGCGCUCGAGUACAUACACGGCGAGCACAUUGCACAUCUCGACAUCAAGCCGGCUAACAUCGCCGUGUCGGCAGACGACACGUGCAAGCUGACCGAUUUCGGUUGUAGCCAAAAGUUGGGCGAAAAUCUCACCGCUACGCAGGACAAGACGCUGCAGGGUACCACAAUCUACAGAGCACCUGAGCUGCUGAUGGGAGCUGACGUAACGCCGAAGGCCGACGUGUAUUCCUUCGGCAUGACGCUAUGGCAAAUGAAGAGCGGUCAGCAGCCAUACACGGGAGAGGAUCCGCACUCGGUAAUCUACAGGGUAGUACGAUUUCACUACAGACCGAUGCAAUGCAGUGACGUCGCCGCCGAUUAUUCGGAGAUCUCUUACGAUGCACUCGUUGCCAGCUGUUGGAACAAGGAUGCGCACAGCCGCCCAUCAGCGAAGUGCCUCGUGCACAGUUUAUCAGACACGACGGACGUACAUCAGUAUACGAUUACUUGUUCUAUCGAUGUAUUUCUCUUGAUCGUCUCCAAGCGUGAUGAACUGAAAUGCGGAAUACUACAACUACGUGGAUUUAUCAAAAUGAAGUACACGACAUUUCACUCAAAUGCGAACAAGGAAGUUCAGCUGCUGCAGAAGUUGGGACAGGGAGGAUUCGGAUACGUACAUCUAGCGAUGUACGCUGGAAAGAAAGUCGCAGCAAAGAUACUGCACGACGAUACGAAGAGCGACGCAGCAGAGAUAAGCUACCAGGCUGAAAGAAACGCAUUGGGCUUGCAACACCACCGUGUCAUCUCGCUGCUUUUCGUCUACACACGAGACGAUGGUUCCCGAUGCAUGGUCAUGGAAUACGGAGGAGAACGUAAUCUGCAGCAGAUCAUCAAUGCCCACGUGACCAUUAGCUGCGAGCAAAGGCUAAUGUUCGCCAGGCAAGUUGCAUCGGCGCUCGAGUACAUACACGGCGAGCACAUUGCACAUCUCGACAUCAAGCCGGCUAACAUCGUCGUGUCGUCAGACGACACGUGCAAGCUGACCGAUUUCGGUUGUAGCCAAAAGUUGGGCGAAAAUCUCACCGCUACGCAGGACAAGACGCUGCAGGGUACCACAAUCUACAGAGCACCUGAGCUGCUGAUGGGAGCUGACGUAACGCCGAAGGCCGACGUGUAUUCGUUCGGCAUGACGCUAUGGCAAAUGAAGAGCGGUCAGCAGCCAUACACGGGAGAGGAUCCGCACUCGGUAAUCUACAGGGUAGUACAAUUUCACUACAGACCGAUGCAAUGCAGUGAUGUCGCUGCCGAUUCUUCGGAGAUCUCUUACGAUGCACUCGUUGCCAGCUGUUGGAACAAGGAUGCGCACAGCCGCCCAUCAGCGAAGUGCCUCGUGCACAGUUUAUCAGACACAACGGAUGUACAUCAGUAG